AUGAGCUGCAGAUUCGGUGGCGACGCCACGAGCCCGUCCAAGCUGUGGGAGCUUUGCAAGGCGGCCAAGGAUGCGUAUUCUCCCAUCCCGGACGAGAGAUUUGAUCUCGCAGGGUUUUACGAUGAGCGGAAAGGACGAUCUGGGAAGUUCCACGUGAAGGGGGGCUACUUUCUCAAAGACAUUUCUCGGUUUGAUUCGGCUUUUUACAACCUCACGACCGACGUAGCCGAUGCCAUGGACCCUCAAGUGCGCAUGCUGCUCGAGAGUGUCUAUGAGUCAGCCGAGGAUGCCGGAAUCCCGCUGCACAAACUGGCCGGCAGCAACACGGCCGUGUUUGCCGGCAGCUUCGGUCGAGAUUACAACGACAUGCUGGUGCGCGACACGGAGAGUAUGCACGCCAGCACCAUCACGGGCAACGGCAUCGCCAUGCUGUCCAACCGGAUAUCCCAUUUUUACGAUCUCCGAGGGGCCAGCAUGACCAUCGACACCGGCUGCUCGACUGGCCUGGUAGCCCUCCACCAGGCCGUCCACGCUUUGCGGUCCGGCGAGUCCGACAUGGCAAUUGUCGGGUCGGCUCUGGUCUGUCUCGGGCCCGAGCUCUUCAUUGAACUGAUGGGGGCCGGCGUCCUUGGGCCCACCGGCAAGUGCUUUGCAUGGGAUCAUCGUGCGGAAGGCUACGGGCGCGGCGAGGGCGUCGCGUCGCUCAUGCUCAAGCCGCUCGACGCUGCAUUGCGGGAUGGCGACCACAUCCACGCCGUCAUCCGCGAGACUGGUCUGAACCAGGACGGCAAGACAACAACGAUUACGUCGCCUUCUGCUGCCGCCCAAAUUGACCUGAUUCUCGACGUCUACCGCCGUGCCGGUCUGGACCCGGUCGACACGGGCUAUGUCGAGGCCCACAUGACAGGCACCCCGACCGGUGACCCGAUCGAGGCCGAGGCGCUCGCGCAAACCUUUGCCAAGCACCGCUCCCCGGAGGAUCCGGUGUGGGUGGGUGGAGUCAAGCCCAACAUCGGCCACACAGAGCCAGUCAGCGGGCUGGCGGCCAUCAUCAAGACCAUCUUUGUCUUGAAGGAGGGCGUGAUCCCGCCUAACGUCAACUACGAGAAGCCGAACCCGAAGAUCCCGCUCAGCGACUGGCGGUUGAAGGUUCCCGUCGCUCUGACGCCAUGGCCGGCCGGCAAGCCGCGCAGAGCCUCAAUCAACAACUUCGGCUACGGAGGUACCAACGCUCACGUCAUCCUGGAGGCAGCUCCCGAUGUGUUUGGGUAUGGCGGUGCUGGCUUGAACGGCAGAAAGCGCAGCUACCUGAACGGAUACGCAAGCUCGGUCAACGGCACGGGCACGAGCACUCCACUGGUCUCAGAGGCGCUGGACUCGUUUGUCUACGUCGUCAGCGCGAAAGAGUCUGGAGCGGCCCAGCAAAUGAACCAAAAUCUGGCUCAACACAUUCGGGACGCGGGGCUCGAACUGGCUCCCCGGGCUCGGGACCUGGCAUUUACUCUCGCGGAGCGCCGGUCGCGACUCACUUGGGUCACGGCGCUGCGUGCAGGGGACCUUGCGGAAUUGGCAGAAAAGCUCGACAAGGCCAGGGCGUCAAGGGCCAGCAAGAAGCCCAGGCUGGGCUUCGUAUUCAACGGGCAGGGCGCGCAGUGGUAUGCUAUGGGUCGCGAGCUCAUUGCGGCCUACCCCGUCUUCCGCCGCUCCCUGAUGGCCGCCGAUGCCAUCCUCAGGGACUAUGGCGCCACGUGGUCACUCCGUGAAGAGUUAAUGCGCGACGAGAAGACGACGCGCGUGCAUGAAAUCAGCAUCAGCCAGCCUUGCAGCGUCGCACUCCAGCUCUGCCUCGUCGACCUGCUCGCCUCGUGGGGCAUCACUCCUUCCGCCGUGGUCAGCCACUCGAGCGGAGAGAUCGCGGCUGCCUACUGCGUCGGCGCCCUGUCCUUCCAACAAGCCCUCGGGGUCGUGUUUUACCGGGGUGAGCUGGCCGCGCAGCACGCUGCGCACUCGAGCGUCGCGGGCAGCAUGCUGGCUGCCGGGGUGGGCGCCGAGAGGGCCGCCGAGUACGUCAAGAACACCGAGAAGGGCCGCGUCGUCGUCGCCUGCCACAACAGUCCGGAGAGCGUAACUCUCUCGGGAGAUGCACCAGCCAUCGAGGAAGUCCGAGAGCGACUUGCGCAGGACGGCUUGUUUGCGCGCAAGCUGAACGUGCCGCUUGCGUAUCACUCGCACCACAUGGAGCCCAUGGCUCAGGACUACAGCGACAGACUGCGUGAAAUUGUCCCGCCCGCGUCGGCGGCCAAGUGGAACGGCACCCUGUAUGCGUCUCCGGUGACAGGGGACAUUGUGACGUCGCCCAAGGUCCUGGGGCCGGAUCACUACUGCCGCAACCUCGUGAGCCCCGUGCUCUUCGCCGAAGCCUUUGAGCGCAUGUGCUUCAGCGACCUGGCUUCGGAUGGGACGCGCAAUCCCAGCACCGACGCGAAUGUGGAUAUGAUCGUCGAGAUCGGCGCACAUGGUACCCUGGCAGGGCCCAUCCGCCAGGUGCUGGGCAAGGACCACCCCAUGCCGUACGUGUCGUGUCUCAAGCGCGGUGCCAACGCCGUCCAUACCAUCCAGGACGCUGUCUGCGCUCUGCUCGCCCAAGGCUACCCCGUCCAGCUGGCGGGCGUCAAUGGCCACCAGCGCGGCCACUACGUUCCGGGGCUCCCAACCUAUGCGUGGAACCACACUCACGAGCACUGGACCGAGUCGCGGCUAUCGCGUGAAUUCCGGCACAAGCGGUUCCCCCCUCACGAGCUGCUGGGCAGCCCGGUCCCCGGCAUCAACAGGCAGUCGCCGACGUGGCGCAACAUCCUCCGCACGGCCGAUAUCCCAUGGUUGGUCGAGCACAAGCUUGGCUCGGAUGUGGUCUUGCCUGGCGCAGGGUACAUUGCCAUGGCCAUAGAGGCUAUCCGCCUCGUGACUGACCCGAACGAGGCGACCGUGGCGGGAUAUCGGCUGCGCGAGGUGGACUUCCUGAACGCACUCGUCAUCCCCGACCGGGGCGUCGAGACCCAGUUCGUACUCCGACCCCUGAGCGACAAGGAGUUGGACAGUAAGGGUUGGUACGAAUUCGAGGUGUGGUCGGUGUCGGUCGGCGACGACGACUCGUGGACUCAACACUGCAAGGGCACCAUUGCUGCCGAGUUUUCAUCCGAGGCGAAAGAAGCGGCGACUAGGGCCGCUGUCCCCGCUCCGCGCACUGAUGCCUUCUUCUCGGCCGCCGACCUGUCGGUGAAUGACGUUCAUCCGGAAUCCUUCUUUGCCGUGCUGCGCUCCAUGAAGCUUUUCCACGGCCCUCUUUUCCGGAACAUGGUCAGUAGCCGCGCCUCCACCGAGAAGUCUGUGACGACGCUGGCCGUCUCGCCUGCGGCAGGCCAAGGAGAGCCAAAGCCCUACGUGCUGCAUCCCACCACGAUGGACUCGCUGGUGCACGCCGCGUACGUGUCCAUUCCUGCUGCCACCAUGCGGGGCUCGAUGGUAGUGCCGCGGUCCGUCAGGCAUCUUUACGUCCCGCGAACCGUUAAUCGGCUGGUCGGCGACAAGAUGACGGCUUUCGUCAACUUGCAACACGCAGACCGCCGCGGCGCGCUCCUCAGCGGCGUUGCAGUGAAUGGAAGGGGUAACGACCAUGACGUCUCAGCUCCACGCCUGGAGCUUGAUGGCCUGUACUGCCAAGCCGUGCCGCUCGAAACGGACUCGUCCGAUGCGCGGCAGGCCUCGCCCAUGUGCUCGACAAACCGUUGGGAGGUCGAUAUCGCCCACGGGGUACCGCCUGCCUUCACGGCCUCGCUCCGGGUCAGCCUGGACGAAAAUGACGCCGUGUUUGAGAAGAAGCUCGACCGCGUCUCCUUCAACUACGUCCUAGACGCCGUCAGAGACCUGAGCGUCGACGAUGAGAAGAUCGCAAGGCCCCCACAUCUUGCCCAGCUCUACACCUGGAUGAAGGCAAUCGUGGCAAGGGCCGAGACUGGCGAGCUGGUGCCUGGGAGCCGCGUCUGGGCCAAGACUAACGCCGGCCUCAAGCAGCGCCUUGCCGAUGAAGUGGCCUCCGAAAACGCGGCCGGGAAGCUUACUGUGCGUGUGGGCCAGCAGCUCGCGGCCAUUGUGCGCGGCCAUGUGGAUGCCAAGGCGCUUCUGACUCGCGAGGAGCUCGACCAGUAUUACGAAUCUCUGCCUCGGCUAGCAAAACGCAGUUACGAACAGGUGUACAAGAUAGCCGUCCAGCUGGCCGUAAACCGACCGAAUGCGCGCGUUCUCGAGGUCGGCGGCCGAUCGGGCGCCCUCACCGUCCGUGUCCUGGAAGCUUUUGCGGCCAAGGCCCCCGAGGGAACGCUGGGCACGCUGUUGGGCCACUACGAUUUCACCUCGCUGAACGGCUCGGCAUUGGAUGUGGUGCGGCAGAGAUGUGUGCCCUGGGACGCCUUGAUGGAUUUCAAGACGCUCGAUAUCUCCAAGGACCCGGCGGAACAGGGUUUCACUUCCCGGUACGAUCUCGUCAUCGUGAACGCAAGCGCCUUGGGGCCAGACCCGGCCAAGUCGCUGAGCCACGUCCGGACGCUGGUUGAGGGCGCUGGCGGUAAACUUGUCCUCAUCCUCGAACACGCACGCCCGCGGCUCGAUACCCACGUCGUGUUCGGUGGGUUGGCGGGUUUCCAGUUCGGCGAGGUUCAUGACUGGCACGAACUGCUCACCGCGGCUGGCUUCGCGGGCGUCGAGUUGGAGGUCGGCGACUGCGACGAUGCGCAGUUCCAGGCCAGCAGCGUCAUUCUUAGCUCGGCUGUCGAGGCCCAUGGCAAGCCGCCCGCUUAUCCGACUGCGGUGUCAGUCGUGCACGCGGACAAUGUGCGGCCCGAGCAGCAGUGGCUGACGGCGCUCGAGGCGUCCAUCGCCGAGGAGUUGGGCGCCACCGUGGCCGUCGCAGCCGUGAGCCAGGUUGAGGCCCGGCCGGACGUCACGUACGUCUUCGUGCCCGAGAUGGUCUCCCCGUUCCUCGACGUCAUGGAUGAGGCCGCGUUCAAUCAGCUCAGGGCGUUGCUAGUCCGGGGUCAGGGUCUCCUCUGGCUCAGUCGUAGUGGGCUGAUGACGGCCGACAAGCCAGUGUUCGCCCAGUCAUCGGGACUGCUGCGCACCGCCAGGCAGGAAGAUCCAUCGAAGCGUUACGUCUUGCUUGACUUCGACGCCGAAGACGGGGCGGGCAUUUGGCCGCUCUCGGCAGUUGAGUACGUGGUCCGGGCCCUGCGCCAAAGCUUUGACGCGCGCCUGAGCAACGCCGAAGUUGAGCACGAAUACGCAGUCAAGGAGGGCGUCAUGUACGUGUCACGUCUCUAUCCCAACCCGGCAGCCGACAGCGCCUCGAGCGAGACGCCGGAAGAGACGGCGCCGGAAGAGCAACCCUUCUGGCAGGCCGGCCGGCCCUUGGUAUGGGAUACCACAAAAACGAUCGGCACACUGAGCAACCUGUACUUCACCGACGACGCCGCCCGACCCGAGCUGCCGUCGGGAUUCGUGGAGAUCAGGACGCAUGCCAUGGGGCUCAACUUCCGCGACGUCAUGUGCGCCAUGGGUCAGAUCGAUGAGUCGCGGUACAUGCACGACGCGGCCGGCGUCGUCACCAGGUUGGGCCCCGACACCGAGGCCAGUGGACUUGCCGUGGGAGACAGGGUCACGGGUGUCUUGAACGGCAAGUUCGCCACUCACCCGUCGACGCACUGGACAUGUCUCACCAAGAUUCCCAACGACAUGUCUUGGGAGGAGGCGGCGUCGCUGCCCAUUGUGUUCCUGACAUCGUACAUGUGCCUGUUCGAUCUGGCGCGCCUGCAGCGAGGAGAGCGCGUGCUCAUCCACGCGGGGGCCGGCGGCGUGGGGCAGUCGGCCAUCAUGCUCGCUCGGCUUGCCGGCGCUGAGGUCUUUGCCACGUGUAGCAGCGACGCCAAGCGCCAGCUGCUCAUGACGCGCUUUGGGCUGGACGCGGACCACAUUUUCUCGUCGCGCGACACGUCCUUCGCGCCCGCCAUCCUCGCCCGCACCUCCGGCAAGGGCGUCGACGUCGUCAUCAACUCGCUGUCGGGGCCCAUGCUCAAGGCAUCGUGGGACUGCGUGGCCCGCUUUGGCCGCUUCUGCGAGAUUGGAAAGGUCGAUAUGGAGGCGGCGCGGCGUCUCGACCUCAGCCCGCUGACGCGCAACGCUACCAUAAUGGGCUUUGACCUUAUCCAGCAUUGCCAAUUCAACCGCCCUGCUGUCCACCGCGCUUGGAAGGCUCUGAUGAAGCUCUGGUCUGCCAAGGUCAUCCGCGCCGUACACCCCGUCGUCUCGUAUCCACUCUCUGACAUGGAGACGGCCAUGCGCCAGAUGCAACGCGGUGCCCACAUCGGCAAGCUGGUUCUCAUCCCUGGGGAAGACACGCGCGUCAGGGUUCUGGCGGCGCCGUCUUCCGGUCUGAAAGCCCAACUCAACGACCCGACAGCCACGUACUUGAUCGUGGGUGGACUGGGCGGCAUCGGUCUCGCCUUUGCCCACAGGAUGAUGGAGUCGGGCGCCAAGCACAUCCUCAUUAUUUCGCGCCAGGCCGAGUCGCAUGCCAAGGCGAAGUCUCUGAUUGCCAGUGGCCGGGCACAGGGCUGUACCGUCUGGAUUCGCAACUGCGAUGUCGCGCGAGAGGAUCAGCUUGUCCAGGUCCUGGCAAACUGCACGGCCGCCGGAAUGCCGCCCGUUCGGGGUGUCAUCCAAGCCGCUCUGUCUCUUCACGACACCAUUCUCGAGAGCCUCACGUUUGAGCAGUGGCAGGCCGGUAUCCGGUCCAAGGUCGCCGGCACCCUAAACCUGCACCGCCACCUGACAGAUGUGCGCUUCUUCAUCAUGCUGUCAUCCACUGCCGGUGUGAUCGGCCUCGCUUCGCAGUCUGCGUACGCGGCCGGCAACACGUUCCAGGAUGCGUUGGCGCGCCAUCGCGUCUCCAAGGGUCUGCCAGCCGUUGCCAUCGAUUUGGGCGGCGUCGACGAGGUGGGAUUCGUGGCCGAGAACGGCGGGGCCGUCCGGGAGCGCGUCGAGCGUACCCUCGGCAAGAUCAUACCCAUCGCCCGCGUGCUGCGUCUGAUCGAGGCGGCCGUGUGCGAGCCCAUGCCACCGACUCCCGAAGCGAGCCAGGUCAUCACCGGGAUUAUCGACUACGACCGCCUCCCGGCCGGCGCGGCCGUCAAACAGGACCCGCGCUUCUCCACGCUCAAACUCGGCAGCAGCGCUGGGCUGCGCGCUUCGUCCUCCGCUGGCGCAGCCGCUACGCACAGCCCUGACGACGCCUUGAAGCAGGGCCUGGUGGCGGCCGCGACAUCCCCUGAGGCACGCGCUGCAGUCGUCAUGGCCGGCCUGAUGCACAAGCUGGCGGCGCUGUUCAACCUGGCCGAGGCGGAGAUCGACGCCACCGGCAGUCUGGCCGCCGUGGGUGUCGAUUCCCUCGUGGCCGUGGAGCUACGCAACUGGCUCAGCAGCGUCGUGCAGGCCCAUGUGACGGUGUUCGAGAUUUUGCAGGCGGCGACGCUGCGGGAGUUUGCAGCCCUGGUGGCACGGAGAAGCACGUUGGUUGCAUAG